AUGCUGCUGAACAAGUACUGUGAAUCGGUCUACCAGACCCAGCGUCGGCCGACGCGCACGGUCAUGAUCGGCAAGGUGCCAGUGGGCAGUGAGCACAGGAUUGCUCUGCAGACCAUGACAACGACGGAUACGCGGAACGUGCAGCUAACUGUCGACCAGGUGAAAAAGUGUGCAGAUGCGGGCGCAGACAUUGUCCGCAUCACGGUGCAGGGCAAGAAGGAAGCGGAGGCAUGCAUGCGCAUCCGUGAGCAACUAUUUAAGGACAGGUACGAUGUCCCUCUGGUAGCGGAUAUCCACUUCCAGCCCACUGUGGCCAUGAUGGUGGCGGAUGCCUUCGAAAAGAUCCGUAUCAACCCGGGCAACUUCGUGGAUGGACGCAAGAGCUUCGACGUCAUCAAUUACGAUGACCCACGGUUUGAGCGCGAGCGGGAGCUGAUUGAGGAGACCUUCACCCCGCUGGUGCUCAAGUGCAAGCAGCUGGGCCGGGCCGUGCGCAUUGGGACCAACCACGGCUCCCUGUCGGCCCGCAUCCUGUCAUUCUACGGCGACACUCCCCGCGGCAUGGUGGAGUCCGCAUUCGAGUUCGCUGACGUGUGCCGCAAGCACGACUACCACAACUUCGUGUUCUCCAUGAAGGCCUCCAACCCGCUGGUGAUGGUCCAGGCGUACCGGCUGCUGGCGGAGGAGAUGUACAAGAAGGGCUGGGACUACCCCCUCCACCUGGGAGUGACAGAGGCUGGUGAGGGUGAGGACGGUCGCAUGAAGAGCGCCAUCGGUAUCGGGGCGCUGCUGAUGGACGGCCUGGGUGACACCAUUCGCGUGUCGCUUACGGAGGACCCCGAGUACGAGAUCGACCCGUGCAAGCGGCUGGCGGGGCUGGGGGAGAGGGCGUGGAGCACGGGUCUCGGUGUGGCUCCCUUCACGGAGACCACCCGCGACACGCACACCUUCAAGCGCCGUGUGGGCGACCUGCCCGUACAGCACGAGGGUGAGGAGCUGGACUUCCGCGGGGCCCUGCACCGGGACGGCACCGUCUUCAGUGCGGUCAGUCUGGAGGACCUCAAACAGCCGGAGGUGACGUACAAGAAGCUGGGCGCCAAGCUGGCGGUGGGCAUGCCCUUCAAGGACAUCGCCACCUCGGACUCCAUCCUCCUCCGGGAGCUGCCCCCCUCCGCCGACAAGGAGGGCCGCCGGGCGCUGCGGCGGCUGCAGGAGGUGACCACGCACGUCAUCGCCCCUCUGGACGCCCUGACGCGGGACCCGCUGGCCGGGGCCAUCGCCCUGGUGCCGCUGAAGCAGGCGGUGCAGGGGGGCAUUGCGCUGCCCCAGGGCUCCUCCCGGUGGGCGAUUGAGGUGGACGGCACUGAGACCGAGGAGCAGCUGGGGGCCCUCCAGGGCCUGGGGCCCAUCGUGGUGCUGCUCAACGUCGCCGACGGAGUCAGCCGCCUGCACGCCUCCCGUCGCGUGUUCGACGCCAUCAAGCGCCACAACGUCACGGCGCCCGUCAUCCACAACAUCCGCUUCCCGGCGGGAACCCACCGCGAUGAGAUCGUCAUCAACACCGGCUCACUGGUUGGAGGUCUGCUGGUGGACGGUUUGGGCGACGGAGCGCUGAUCGAGUGCCCUGGCGAGGAUCUUGACUUUCUGCGCACGACAGCUUUCGGACUGCUCCAGGGCAGCCGCAUGCGCAAUACCAAGACCGAGUACGUGUCUUGCCCCUCGUGCGGCCGCACGCUGUUCAACCUGCAGGAGGUGACCGACCAGAUCCGGCAGCGCACGGGGCACCUGCCGGGUGUGGCCAUCGCCGUCAUGGGCUGCAUCGUCAACGGCCCCGGUAGGAUGGCUGAUGCGGACUUUGGCUACGUGGGUGGUGCUCCGGGCAAGAUCGACCUGUACGUGGGCAAGGAGGUGGUGCGGCGAGCUAUCCCCAUGGAGUCGGCCUGCGACCAACUUAUUGAGCUGAUUAAGGAGUAUGGCCGCUGGGUGGAGCCGCCCGUGGUGGAGGAGGAGGAGGCCAAGGAGCUGGUGGCGACCGCGUGA